UUUCCAUCAAAACCAAACAAUGGAGAAUCGUUUUCAAAUUCAUCCCUGCUUGCGAUCUGAAAGUGCCCCAACACAAUCACCGUUACAACUUCUGCUGUUGGCUGAUUUGGUGACUUGGUUGAAGCAAAAUCAAUUAAGACAGGAAACUUCAGAUAUGUCCGCGCUCUUUAAUUUCCAUUCCUUUUUGACGGUCGUGCUAUUAUGGAUUUGUACAUGCACUUAUGUAAAGAUGCAUUUUCCAGCACUUCUUGAACAAAGAACUGGGUUUCGAGGCUUCUUUUGGAAGGCUGCUAGAAUAGGUGAGCGAUUGAGUCCUUGGGUGGCUGUGGGCUGUCUGACAAUGGGUGUUUCAAUAAUCUUCUUUUAAGCGAACAGUUACUUGAAACAAAAAUUGACCUUGAGCUGGAAGCUAAUUUACUGCUUCAAAUUGUUUUUGCAUCAAAAUGCCGUCUUUGAUCAAACUUGAGCACUGAAUCGUUGUGACACUACUUUGAUCUGGAACUAAGCUUUUGCUUGUGAGAUGGUCUUGUUAGAAGGAGGGUCAGUGUUAUGGAUUCUGGCUUUUGUGACACGCUCGACUUGAUACCUUUGUCUGCUAAUGAAUCCAAAAAAUACGUUGCUGCAUUGUGUCUGUUGAUGAUUAUGCAAUGUAUGCCAUAAUCUACAUUAUCUACUAGUUAUAAGAAAAUCGACAUAGUAUUGUCAGUUGCUUCAGGUGGUCCCAAAAUUUGCUUGUGAUCCCAAAACCCUGCCACAAAGAAAAAUGAUUUAAUUUUAAGUUGUCGCUUGUCAGUGUAUUUUAACUAUUUGUACAAGCAACUAAGUUACUAGAACUUGUUUGUGAUCC